UGAUCAUGUGGUUACUGGAAGUGAGUGGUUUGAUGGAUGCAGGAUUUGAAGCGGAAAGCGCCACGCAAAAGAGAACAACCAAAAAGAAGGAAAAAGGAAACAGGAAAUCCCGAGACAAGAAAAACAGGUCGCGAGACCUUCGACACCGAAGGACAAAAGUUAAGAAAAAAAGAAGAUUUUAGCUG